AUGGUCAAGAUCUCGUUUUUCUUAUUCAUAAUAUCGGGCGGCAGCUGCAGUGCCUUGAGUCUCUGCGCAGGUCGAUAUUAUUGUCCCUGGGCGGGGCCGGCACAAAGAGCAUCAGAGCCCAAGGAGGAUGCACACGUGGCCACCAUAGAACUGCCGAAGCAGCAGGUGCACUUUUCCAAGUUACCAGAUACAGAUAAGAUUACCCGAGAGGAUCCUUCGAAUAGUGAAACAUUCUCUUCACUGGACACAGUCUCCGACAGGCACCAAACCAACGUGCUACAUGACCUUGGCGAGGAGACUGCUCGCCAUGAGCGCACCUGGGCUUCGAGGCAUAGGAAAUGGAUGGAAUGCUCGAGUGGAAUUAAAGCUAAGUCCAGGGAGCCGGGCGAUGUCCAGUCUGGACUGGGUUACUAG